AUUAACACCCAUCCUUUUCCCUCUCAAUCUCUUUUCUCUGUACCCCAUUAUGAGCGUCUUCUCCUUCGUCGUUAGAAACCCAGCUCUGGCUCCACUCUUUGUCAUCGCUGGCACUGGCUGCGUUGCUGCUGUUACCUUUCCAGCCUGGAUGCUGAUGAAACACCCUGAUAUCACGGUGAACCGCGCUAACGGACACCCAUGGGAAAAAAUACAGCAAGAUCAGAAUACUAAAAUGCUCAACAUGCAUAAGGAAUUCUUUGAGAACCGUCGUAACUUGAAGAAGCCAACGUUUUAAUGUUUCUUUGGAAUAUGAGAUUCCGCUAAUAAAUAGUUUGAAGCCAAUAAGUGCAGCGUAAACGUUGGGUGA